AUGACACCGGAAGCCUCACGUUCGAGGUUACACGUGCCUCGGUCGAAACCUUUACGCCAGCAACAAGAAAAUAUGAACACAUUAGUAUCCCUUCCAUGUGACCCCAGCGAAAUUUUACUAGCUACUGCAAUUAUCAAGGUUCAAGCAGCAGAUGGAUCUUACCUAAAUAUGAGAGCGCUCCUUGAUCAGGGCUCACAGAUCUCAAUUAUAAGCGAAAACGCCGCGCAACUGUUAAAAGUACCUCGCCAAAAAUGCGAUGGAUAUAUCUCUGGUAUUGGAAACAAAGCUAAUAAUUGUAAGGGUAAAAUAACCAUGAACUGCAUGUCAAAUAUUAACAAUUUCACCUUUGAAACGGAUGCGUUUAUAAUGAAAAAGCUUGUGAGGAAUUUACCAAAUCAUACAAUUCCAAAACCCGAUUGGCCCAUGCUUGAUCAAAUAAAAUUAGCUGACUCAGAAUUUUAUAAAAGUAGGCCUAUUGAUAUAUUAUUAGGUGCUGAUGUUUAUUCAGAAAUUCUUAUGGAUGGUAUUUGCCGCUCUAAUGCUAUGUUUCCCGUCGCCCAACAAACUCAACUAGGAUGGAUCUUAAGCGGCAACUGUAAGUCAGAAUAUCAAUGUAAUCUUGUUUUAAACAGCGAUAUCCAGCAGUUUUGGGAAAUGGAGGAUGUCCCUGAACCUUUAUACGUAUCUCAGGAAGAUCAAAAUUGUAUAGAUUUUUAUCAAAACACAACAGAAAGACGUGAUGAUGGUUGUUACGUGGUGAAAAUACCUUUAAAGGAAAAUUUCGAAGAAAAAUUGGGUGAGUCAAAAUCUAAAUGUAUCGCUCAAUAUAUGCAAUUAGAAAACAAAUUAAUAAAACAAAGUCAUUUGGCACGCGAGUAUAAGCUAUUCAUAUCGGAAUACAAAGAACUCGGACAUAUGAUACCCUGUAUGUCGGACGCCGACUUAAGGCCCAGUUGCUACCUACCGCACCAUUGUGUCUUACGCGCAGAGUCAUCAACUACAAAGUUGCGAGUUGUGUUUAAUGCUUCCUCGAAAACCUUGAGUGGUUUUAGCCUUAAUGAUCUCAUGUAUAGAGGGCCUAAUCUGCAACAAGACCUUCAAAUCCUAAUCUUAAGAUGGCGCCUAUUUAAGUACGGGUUUACGGCUGAUAUUGAGAAAAUGUUUCGUAAUAUAUGGCUGCACGACGAACAUCAAAAACUACAGAAAAUUAUUUGGCGUGAUCAUAAAUCCCAACCUUUACAGGAGUUUCAACUAGCAACUGUGACAUAUGGAACAAAAUCUGCACCUUUUUUGGCGAUGAUGACCCUGAAAAAACUCGCUAAUGAUGAGCGGUCAAAUUAUCCUAAUAGUAUCGCACCCCAUGUGUUAGAAAAUUCGUUUUACAUGGAUGACCUUUUGCACGGUUCGCACACUGUGGAAGAAGCGAAACGAUUAAAAUUAGAUCUUAUAAGCCUUCUUAAAGCUGGCGGUUUUAAUCUCAGAAAAUGGCGUUCAAAUUUGCUUGAUUUAUCGGAUGAUAUGGAUGAUAUUGAAAAGGCGGAAUUUGAUUUUAAACAUUUAGAGUCUACAAAAAUGUUAGGUUUACGCUGGGAUCCUAAUGAAGAUCAAUUUAUCUUUUACCCCAUUGAAUUUAUCUCAAAUCCUAUUCCUACAAAGCGACAAUUUUUGUCCGAAAUAUCGAAAAUCUUUGAUCCCUUAGGCUGGCUAGCACCCGUUACUAUAAAGCUAAAAAUUUUAUUUCAAGAAACAUGGAAAUCUGAUCUAAGAUGGGAUCAACCUGUAACCCCCGAGAUAGCUUCAGAGUGGAAUAGAAUAAAGGACGACAUACCUCAUAUAAAGAAAUUUAAGAUACCUCGAUGGAUACAAACGCAAGAUAAAGAUAUUAUCGAACUUCACGGAUUUUGUGACGCUAGUACAAAAGCGUACGCAUGUGUCGUGUAUUGUAAAAUAAAGAGAUAUAAUACUACACAUGUUACCCUAGUCGCAGCAAAAUCUAAAGUCGUACCCUUAAAGAAGGCCUUAUCCAUACCUCGAUUAGAACUUUGCGGAGCUUUGUUGUUAUCAAAGUUGAUGAAAAGUAUAGUCGAAUGCGUACCUAACUUUACCGUACGUGUUUAUGGAUGGGUUGAUUCUACGGCCGUACUUGGUUGGAUAAAUGGAGAACCAGAUAAGUGGAAGCCUUUUGUUGCAAACCGCGUAAAAAUGAUUUGUGAAACAAUCCCAAAAAAUCAAUGGCAAUAUGUUAAUACUACAGAAAACCCGGCGGACUGUGCUAGUCGCGGAUCAACUGCGCUUAAUCUCGCUAACUCAUCAUAUUGGUGGAACGGGCCUAAAUGGCUACCUCAAUAUAAUCCCAAAGAACAUACUGAAAAUCCUACAUAUACAACUAAUGAAGAUCUUAAAAAGAACAUAACAUGCGUUAAUGCGGCAACUACAAGAUCAGAUUACAUAAUAAAACAAUUGUUAUCUAAAUAUAGCUCUCUUAGGAAAAUUAUAAGAAUUUUAGCGUAUAUUGUGAAAUUUAUCGAUAAGAUUAUUUACAAAAAAACGUAUGAAUAUAAUUAUCUUACUAUGAAAGACUUAAAGCGUGCCAGAGAAAUGAUAAUAAGACAUGUUCAAGAUGAAUAUUUUUUUCAAGAAAAAUCUCAGCUUUCAAACGGCCUACCUCUUAGUAAAAAGAGUACAAUUUUAAGUUUGAACCCCGUUUUAGACUCUACUGGAUUGCUACGAGUCGGUGGGCGGCUAAAAAACUCUAAUAUUAAUCCCGAAAUGAAAUAUCCUAUUAUUAUUCCGCCACAAUCGAAGUUAGCUGAGCUUAUUAUUGACGAAUCACACGAACUUGUGUUUCACGGCGGACCAAAAUUAACUGCAGGUUUUAUACGACAAAAAUACUGGAUUCUAAGAGGAAACAGGGCUGUCAAAAAGAGGUUACGAUUAUGUGUAAAAUGCAAAAAAGUGGAUCCUACAUUGCAACACCAACUUAUGGGUGAUUUACCCCCUUCCCGUGUCAUACCCAGCCGACCCUUUUAUAACACGGGAAUAGAUUUUACGGGACAUGUUUUAGUGAAAGCGAAUAAAGGCCGUGGAAUCAAAACAUCAAAAGGAUAUAUAGCCGUCUUUAUAUUAUGUAUGGUGACGAAAGCUGUACAUUUAGAAUUAGUCUCCGAUCUCACAGCAUCAGCGUUUAUAGCUGCGUUGCGGCGAAUGUCCGCUAGAAGAGGCGUUCCACGACAUAUUUAUAGUGACCAAGGAACAAACUUCAUAGGUGCUAACAAUAUAUUACAACGAGAAUAUACACAGAUCUUAGAAAUCCUAUCAAGUAACGAGUGUACCUCUAUUAUAUCAGAAAUGAAUAUAGAUUGGCAUUUCAACGCCCCAUCGUGGCCUUCAGCGGGUGGAUUAUGGGAAGCUGCGGUGAAAAGCCUCAAACAUCAUCUUAAACGAGUCAUUGGCGAACAAAAACUCGCCUUUGAAGAAUAUUCGACCUUGUUAUCUCAACUUGAAGCUUGUUUGAAUUCAAGACCGCUUUGCCCGUUGACAGAAGACCCCGAUAACCUAGACUAUUUAACACCGGCCCAUUUCCUAGCAAGCGGCCCUAAUCUAACUAUUUUUGAUACAGAAAAUGAUCUUAGAACUCGAUGGCACUUAACUCAGAAAAUCUAUCAGGACGUUUGGGUUAAAUGGAAGAAUGAAUAUCUCACGCAACUAUCUAUAAGAUCCAAAUGGAAACAACCUCAAACAGAUCUGAAGUUGAACGAUAUAGUCAUCAUAAAGGAUGAAAACUUGCCGCCCGGCAAAUGGGCUUUAGGGCGAGUCGUACAACUACAUCCCGGAAGUGACGGCCUUGUGAGGGUUGUCACUCUUAAAACCAAAAACGGAUACAUGAAACGACCUAUUGUUAAGCUAUCACUGUUACCUACAAAUACACAUACAAUUAAUGAAUCUACCGACUAUGAUAAGGAAGAAAUUAAAAUCUCGAAAACAAAGAAUCCCCGUGGCAUGUCCUUCUCCGCUAUAGUGUUAUCGUUAACAUUAUUUUUCCUCUCAAUAAUAAGUUCGUGUCACGCACAGUUUACGUAUACACCAUUAAAUAACAACAGUAUUUAUUUUGACAAAUUAACGAACAUGCGGCUGGUUGGAGACGAUUGGAAGCUAAUAGUUUAUUAUGAUAAAUACCCUUAUCAAGAAGGAACGGCCGCACUCGUAAAAGACAUACAAUAUCUCAAAACAAUAUGUCCCAUGAUAAGAGAACAACUAACACAAUGCGACGCUAUACUAUUACAGCUCGAGCACGAGUUCGGCGAAUUGGAAUAUUAUAAUAACAUUUUAUUUAUGAGUGAUUCAUUUGAUAUGGGAGCUAAGCGCCCGCGUCGUGGUUUAAUAGACGGAGUAGGCUACGUCGCUAACAAUCAGGAUCUCAAUACAAACAGUUCGGAAGAUAUUAAGCAAUUUGACGAAAUAAAAAGAAAAAUUGACCUCCUAAAACUGAGUGAACCAUUGGGCACGAAGUUGUCGUAUCACGACAUUCAUCAUUACUUCAUAAUAUAUGUGUUAAUUGGAAUUCUUGUUGUUGUGGCAAUAAUAACGUAUUGGAGACAGCUGCGUCGUCGACGAGCUUCAGCAGAGCCGGCGGUGGAGGCUGCGACCAACGUCGCGGUCCCCGCCCGGCCACCUCCAACCCCGGUGACAAGUGAUUGUGUGAUAAGUGUUAGUGAAUGUGAUGUGCGCGUAAAUAAACAUGACCAGGCCUCGUCGCCAAUCUUUCGAGUGUUCUCGCUUCCCAACUUAAGUGAAUCUCUGUAA